UGUUUUUUUAGGGCACGCUCCUACAUGCAGACAGAUUGUGGCUGCUGCAUCGAUGAAGGACGAAGAAUGGGAAACGUGGACAUGUGUGCUUGGUUUUCCAGUAAUUGGGAUCUGGCCGGAAGGCGCUGAUGGUACGGACAUAAACGCUUGCUGUCGGUCCAACAACCAGGAAUACGUUGUGACGGGUGACGAUUUCGGACAAGUGAAUUUCUUCAAUUUUCCAUCGACCAAACCAAAGGCUGACAGUCAGCGUUGCGUUGGUCAUAGUUCCCACGUCACUUGUGUCAGAUUCAUGUAUGAUGACAACAGAAUGAUUUCCGUUGGAGGCAAGGAUUCUGCAGUGAUGCAAUGGAGGAUAUCUUAAGUAAGCCAUCUUUUUGCCACCAAGUGAACUAACUUUCUAGUACUUAGAAAUUAGCCUAACUUCUUUUGUUAAUAAUUACUUUAGUAAGAUUCUAUUGUAUACUACACUCGGGCAUUUUUUCGAAAGGAGAGACGGCAUGUCCCCGUAUUGAUCACUGUCUCUAUAUGACAACAUGUUUUGUCGUCCUGACGUUGAAGUGGGAUGCCGCUGAAUGCCGUAUACUCGUAAGGUCAAUUUCAUAACAAUAAUAGACACCAUUUCAAAUAAGUUGAAUCUUUUCAUUGUUCUUGUAUAUUCCAUUCCGUAUUCCCUUUGAGUAUCUGCUGGUUCAUUUCUUUUGAAGUACGUGCAUGAUAAUAAAUCCUCCCGUAGUGAAAACAACUCUACUGAAUCAAAUAUCAUAAGUACUUUUAGUAAGAAAGAAAUUACUAGUAAAUCUGCCUGGCUGCUUGAAUGCAUUAACACGCAAGUAUUUAAAGUUUCACUGUUUGAUUUAGGAUAAAUAAUAGCGUUUAUUCAGUAGGCUAAUACCUAGCAUACUCUAGCGAUGUACUGUGUAUAUUUUCUGGGAUUAUCACAAAGAAUACUUUAUUGUAUCGUAGACAUUUUUCCAUCAGUAAAAGAUAUGAAAAUAUCACGAAAAAUAUGAAAAUAUCACAUGUUAAUUCUUUUAAAAACAAGGAACAUUUCUUUUUUCAAUUCUUGAAGGAAAUAGUUUAGCUUAAAAAUGUUAUUUCAUAUUUGAUAGAAAAUAUUUAGAUGUCAGGAAGAAAGUUGAUAUCAUUCCAAUAACACUAUCUGAGUUGUUCAUCUUUUCUUUCAAUUUAAUAAAAU